GAGUUGACCAAGUUGGCAUUCACGAAACGGACGGACGGGAAUAAGGAAGAGGUUGUCUGCGGCCGUGCGCAAUCCACCUCCGGGACGUUCUCUCGUCCCCACACGUGUCAAUCUAUACUACCGCAGUCGUCUCGGCCCUUCUUCGCUCGUCUCCAUCCCCGCAUCUCCUAUUUAUAUAUACAUCACGUCCCCUCGUUCGCCAACCUUUACUCCUUUCAAACCCCGCUUGCCCCAUCUCCUCUUCCUGUCAUAUCUUUUCCUUUUGUUGGUCGUCGUUGUCUUUCCUUCCGCGUUCUAUAUCGAAGAGCAUAUAUAUCAGAAAGGGGUCGAUGAGGGAGGGAGGCGGCAGCAGCGGUGGGAGUGGGCACAGCGCCGCCAUGUACGCCGACAGGCCCAUGCCGCACUCUGACCAGCUCAUGCACCAGUCCUCCGCGGAUGAGGACUCCUUCAUGCGACACAGCAGCUCCUCCACCACGGCCAGCUCUGGGUUCUACUCCGACUACCCCAUGGCCAUGAGCGGCGAGAGCUCCCCUUUCAUCAUGUCCCCUUGGCACCAGUCCUCCCCCCACCCGGCCAACGACCCCGCCUUCGCGGAUGCCGCCGCUGGGCUCCCCUUCACUGGCCUCAUCAGCUCCCUGGUGCGCGAGGAGGGUCACAUCUACUCGCUCGCUGCCAUUGGCGACCUCCUGUACACCGGAUCUGACAGCAAGAAUAUCCGGGUGUGGAAGAACCAGAAGGACUUCGCCGGGUUCAAGUCCAGCAGCGGGCUCGUCAAGGCCAUCGUCAUCGCGGCGGAUCGCAUCUUCACCGGCCACCAGGACGGCAAGAUCCGGGUAUGGAGGGUGUCCCCCAAGAGCGCCGCCGUACACAAGCGUAUUGGGAGCCUCCCCAGGCUCAAGGACGUCAUCCGGAGCUCGCUGAAGCCGUCCAACUACGUCGAGGUCCGUCGCCAUCGCAGCGCCCUCUGGAUUCGCCACUCCGACGCCAUAUCGUGCCUUUGCCUCGACGAGGACCAGGGGCUCCUCUACUCGAGCUCCUGGGACAAGACCUUUAAGGUGUGGCGAAUAUCUGACUCGAGGUGCCUGGAGUCUGUCAUCGCCCAUGACGACGCUGUCAACUCGGUUGUGACCGCCUUCGGCGGGCUCGUCUUUACCGGCUCCGCCGACGGCACCGUCAAGGUGUGGCGACGGGAGCUGCAGGUGAAGAGCACCAAGCACUCGCCGGUGCAGACGCUGCUCAAGCAGGAGUCCGCUGUGACCUCGCUCGCGGUCAGCCCGACAGCGCCUAUCCUCUACUGCGGCUCCUCCGACGGGAUCAUCAAUUUCUGGGAGGGAGAAGGGCAACUCUCCCACGGCGGAGUGCUCCGAGGCCACAAAAUGGCAGUGCUCUGCCUCGCCGCGGCCGGAAGCCUCCUGCUGAGCGGCUCCGCUGACAAGAAUAUCUGCGUGUGGCGGCGCGAGGGCACGGUGCACAACUGCCUCUCGGUGCUCAGCGGCCACUCGGGACCAGUCAAGUGCCUCGCGAUAGUCACGGACACCGGCGGCGAGGAGGGGGGCCGCGGCGGCGCCGCCGCGAGUUGGAUCGUGUACAGCGGCAGCCUAGACAAAUCGGUGAAGGUGUGGCGGGUGUCGGAGCAGUCACCGGAGGCGUUGCUGAGGGCGCCGCAGACGGGGGCGUACGGCGGCAGGGCGGAGUAAGCUUAUAGAAGCGUGGUGGGCCAAGACAACGAGGGGCCCAUGCCGCGAGUACAUGUUGCCGCUUGAGAUCCUUGGUGCGGCGGCGCUUACGAACACCACCAGCGAGGUCUGCCGCAAAGCAGACGCUAUUCGUUAGUUCUGCCGUCGAAUCGGGGCUGAAUGAAGCGUGCGUGUCGAUCGACUUGUGAGUUGAGGAGGAAGAUAACGGGUGUUGGUGCACAUGUAGCUGAUGGCUAUGCUAAGAUUUGGUGAGAUAGAUGAUUUGUAAACAUUUCGAGGGUAAGAUUGGGAAUCCAUGGCUGAUCGGGACCUAAAAAAUGGAUUGCAUGCAAUUUCUGUUGUACUUUGAAUUAUUAUUUCUGCUUCUUU